AUGGCUUUCAUCCAGUUGCAAAAGAAAUUCUCCGCGUUGUUCGAUGCUAUUGUUGGGGACCAACGGUUUUUCGCAGCUCAUGCAAUGGUUGGGAAGUUUGUCGAUGCAAAGGUCGUGAAGCCGGCUGCGAAGGAGAAACAACGAGACGAGGGCAAAUUCGUUGAGUUGCCGGGAGCUGAAAAAGGAAAGGUGGUGGUGCGAUUCCCACCAGAGGCUAGCGGAUACCUCCACAUUGGUCAUGCCAAAGCGGCUCUGUUGAACCAGUACUACCAGCAAACUUUCGAGGGGCAACUGAUCAUGCGAUUUGAUGACACCAAUCCUGCUAAAGAAAACGCCCACUUCGAGAAGGUGAUAAAAGAAGAUCUGGCAAUGUUGAACGUUGUUCCUGAUCGAUGGACUCAUUCAUCUGACUACUUUGAGCUCAUGUUACAAAUGUGUGAGAAGCUUUUGCGUGAAGGCAAAGCAUAUGUGGACGAUACGGACACUGAAACAAUGCGUAAAGAGCGCGAGGAGCGAAUCGAAAGCAAAAAUCGAAAUACUCCUCCCGAGCGCAAACUUAGCGUUGUGGGAAGAGAUGAAAAAUGGAACCGAACGGGGUUUGCAGUGUUGGCGUUUCGCAUCCGUAAGAUGACAGAGCAGUACAAUAAUUUGGCGGCAAAUGAGGGACCGCACAAUCUACGUGGUUGUUUGGCAGAAGCUUUUGCAUUGGAAAUUUUUUUCCAAAAUGUUCAUGAACUGAAUGUUUCAGAUGCAAGCCAGAGGAACAUGGUUUAUCCGACGUACGACUUCGCCUGCCCUAUUGUGGAUAGUGUGGAAGGAGUAACUCAUGCUCUCCGUACAACUGAGUAUACUGACAGAGAUGAUCAGUAUUACUUCAUUUGUGAUGCUCUGGGUAUUCGUAAACCACAUAUUUGGUCAUAUGCUCGUCUGAAUAUGACAAAUACUGUGAUGAGUAAACGCAAGUUAACAUGGUUCGUCGAUGAGGGUCACGUCGAGGGCUG